AUGCAUAAGCGCUGUAUAAUAUUUCUUGUCUCCAUUUUAUUUGCCAUCGUAUUCGUGAAAGCUUCCGAACAGGUCAAUAAUGAAGCUAAAACAGCAUUGUUGAACAGCAACUUCUACCAACAGGUUACGCAAAAAUACGGACAUAUCGUUCAUUUUGAUUUAAAACAUUUGAUUGAACAUGCAAGCAAAAUGAAUUCAGAUCGUUUCAUUGAGAUACGUGGUUAUGAUUCGUCACAAACCAAUUUAGAACUGAAAAAUAUCAAACCUAAAGCGAUCAUUUUCUUCGAGCUGUCCCCGAGCAAUGAAAUACUUGACAACUUAUUUAUAAUCAGUCUUGGUGAUCAGCAAACAAUGGGUGAUAUUUUAAUCAAUAACCAAUGGUUUAUAGGUGAAAAGAAAGACGCAAAUGACAAAGGGUUAUUAAUUCCUUACACUACGACACAUACAAAUACCAAAGGUUCGAGAAUAAAUCUUAGUGAUAAUAAUUUUAGACCGCAUAUUUCAUCGGGAUCAUAUUGUAAUGGUAUUGGCAAUGCUAUUGUAACAAAUGCUGCUUGUCUCGCGCUUGGUGGUGUCCCCGUUUUAGGCCCAGUGUUCGGUAUAACAUGUGCCAUUGGCUCGAUAGCAUGUGCUGGAAAAUAA